AUGGCAAAGGUAUUCCUCCUUGUGCUUGCAGUGGUCUGUGGGGCGGUUGCAGAAGUCGUCAAUGAAAAUGCACUUGUCCAACUCGACUUGACACAGGCGUACCCAAUUCUCUCAACUAAAAUCAUGGCAACAUCCGACGAGGCAUUCACCUCUUACACUUUCUUAUUACCCAAAGAGUUAAAAGUCGCCUCCAUUAAGUUCACUGACGCCGACUCUGAACAGGAAAUUGCAUAUGAAAAUGUGGGUUUAGUAGAAGAAGGACUCAGAGACAGAAAGACAACGUUGAAAGCGACGGAGUACGUCUUAAGCUUCGAGGCAGUGACGAAGAAACAAAUUGUAGUUGACUAUAUAGAAACAAAUAGCGUUGUUCCAAGACCAAAAACACUGUCAGAGUUUAAAACGAUUGAAGGGGACUACACUUCACUGAUUUGCCCAAUGUCAAUGUAUUUAACAAAGUCUUGCCAAGUCGUCGUGGAGCACUCGACAGGUAUUAAAGUGUUGUCUGCACAAGCUCAUAACACUGUUGGUAAUAACACUGCGAUAGGUCCGAUAGACGAUAUCGAGCCGAUGCGCGAGGAAAGAGUCCAAAUCCAUUUUGCGCCAAAGGUCCAUCUUAAAAUCGAGAGCAUGACACAUAUCAUCGACUUGCCAACUGUUGCGAGUAAUGCAAGAGUAGAAGACUGGUUUGAAGGAGCAACGAAUGAAGGACCUUUUGUCGAGAAAUUCAGUCGCGCGGACUUCCAGAAGAACAUCGGAAACUAUCCGAAUGCGAUUGGAGUCUUUGAAAUGGCAUUUGACGCACGAGCAGAGCAUUUCAUCUACAAAGAUCGAUCGGGGAAUAUAUCGACGUCGGAAGUGAUGUUGCACGACGAGAAUGUGACAUUGAUGGCAUUGCCAAGAUACCCCCUCAUGAGCGGGUGGAAGACGGAGUUUAUGAUUGGCCACGACAUAGCUGCGAAUGUGAUUCAAAAAGACGGGAAAGUCAUUGUAAAGUUGCCCCAACUGAAAGAAGCAAUAGCUGAAAAGGUCAUCGCAAAAGUCUAUUUGCCAGACGGAGCAAAAUACACGAAGUGCACUGGACUUGGGAAAGUCGAAGUGACAGAGAGAGACGCGUUCAUGUCUUUUGCAAAAAGAGCGGAAGUCGACGUCCAAUUUGAAAACGUCAAUUUGAUGGAAGAAAAUUUGUUUGUUGUGGAGUUUGAGGAAUCAGUCACUGCGGCUACAGGAACUCUUGUGGUGUUUUCCGCAUACAUUUCUGUUGUGUUGAUCGCGUUCUUCCUCUUCAUCGAGUACUCAGCAUAA